GGGGGAUGAGAGAGAGAGAGAUUGAGAGAGUGAGAGAAAAACCGGAGCAAAGUUUGCGCGGUUGGGACCAAGCCCGGCAUGUCAUCCGCGGGAUCCUGCGCGCGUAUCACCGAGUAAUCGGACGUGGAGGGUGUUGGUGGGGGGGAAAAAAAAAAAAAAAGAGGCAGAGGGAGUCAGAGGCUGUUGAUGCCGGAUAAAGUUUGCGCGCGGCGCGGCAGAGCAGAGGAGCGAGGACACCCACGCGAGUGGAAACUUAACGCCGACAUGGGCACCCUGCGCGAUCUGCAAUACGCGCUCCAAGAGAAGAUCGAGGAGCUGCGGCAGCGCGACGCGCUCAUCGACGAGCUGGAACUGGAGCUCGACCAGAAGGACGAGCUGAUCCAGAGGCUGCAGAACGAGCUGGAUAAGUACCGCUCGGUUAUCAAGCCGGCCACGCAGCAGGUCCAAAAGCAAAGCGAGCUGCACUCGGAGCAGCAGCGCACCAAGAGGCAGGCCAUCUCGGCCGAGCCCACCGCCUUCGACAUCCACGAUCUCAGCCACGUCACGCUGCCUUUCUACCCUAAAAGUCCACAGUCUAAGGAUUUGAUCAAAGAGGCCAUCCUGGACAACGACUUCAUGAAGAACCUGGAGUUGUCGCAGAUCCAAGAGAUCGUGGACUGCAUGUAUCCUGUGGAGUACGGAAAGGACAGUUGCAUCAUCAAGGAGGGCGACGUGGGCUCGCUGGUGUACGUCAUGGAAGAUGGGAAGGUGGAGGUGACGAAGGAGAGUCUGAAGCUGUGUACCAUGGGGCCCGGGAAGGUGUUUGGGGAGCUGGCCAUUCUUUACAACUGCACCAGGACUGCCACUGUCAAAACGCUGACAAACGUGAAGCUGUGGGCAAUCGAUCGGCAAUGUUUCCAGACCAUCAUGAUGCGGACGGGUCUCAUCAAGCACACGGAGUAUAUGGAGUUUUUGAAAAGCGUGCCCACCUUCCACAGCCUGCAAGAGGACAUUCUGAGCAAGCUCGCCGACGUCCUUGAGGAGACCCAUUACGAGGACGGCGAGUACAUCAUCCGACAGGGGGCCAGAGGAGACACCUUCUUCAUCAUCAGUAAAGGAAAGGUUAAUGUGACCAGGGAGGACCCACCCAACGGAGAGCCCGUCUACCUGCGCAGCUUGGGAAAGGGAGACUGGUUCGGGGAAAAGGCGCUGCAAGGGGAGGACAUCAGGACUGCCAAUGUUAUUGCAGCAGAGGCGGUCACCUGCCUCGUCAUUGAUCGAGAUUCAUUUAAGCACCUGAUUGGAGGCUUGGAGGACGUGUCCAGCAAAGGCCAUGAAGACGUCGACGCCAAAGCCAAGUACGAAGCCGAGAAUGCUUUUUUCUUCAAUCUCAAUCUGGCCGAUUUCAACAUCAUCGACACGCUGGGGGUUGGCGGCUUUGGUCGCGUGGAGCUGGUUCAGCUCAAGAGCGACGAGAACAAAACCUUCGCCAUGAAGAUCCUCAAGAAGCGGCACAUCGUCGACACCAGACAGCAAGAGCACAUUCGCUCGGAGAAACUCAUCAUGCAGGAGGCCCACUCGGAUUUUAUUGUUCGACUGUAUCGAACGUUCAAGGAUAGCAAGUACCUCUACAUGCUGAUGGAAGCCUGCCUCGGAGGAGAACUGUGGACCAUUCUCCGAGACAGAGGUUCAUUCGAGGACUCGACGACCAGGUUUUACACAGGCUGCGUGGUGGAAGCCUUCGCCUACCUACAUUCCAAAGGGAUCAUCUACAGAGACCUCAAACCGGAGAACCUUAUCCUGGACCACAGGGGUUAUGCCAAACUGGUGGACUUUGGUUUUGCUAAGAAGAUUGGCUUUGGGAAGAAAACGUGGACUUUCUGCGGGACGCCCGAGUACGUAGCGCCGGAGAUCAUCCUGAACAAGGGCCACGACAUCUCCGCUGAUUACUGGUCACUCGGAAUCCUCAUGUUUGAGCUUCUGACCGGCAGCCCUCCGUUCUCCGGCCCUGAUCCAAUGAAGACUUACAACAUCAUCCUGAGAGGCAUCGACAUGAUCGAAUUCCCAAAGAAAAUUACCAAAAAUGCUGCCAACUUAAUCAAAAAGCUAUGCAGGGAUAAUCCUUCUGAACGACUGGGAAACUUGAAAAAUGGUGUCAAAGACAUCCAAAAGCACAAGUGGUUUGAGGGCUUUAACUGGGAGGGCUUGAAGAAGGGGACACUGACACCUCCCAUCAUCCCCAACGUCACGUCUGCAGUUGACACGAGUAACUUCGACAGCUUCCCGGAGGACAACGAAGACCCGCCGCCUGACGACAACUCCGGUUGGGACGUUGAUUUCUGAAGCUCUCCUUCCAGCACCCCGUGGAACCAAAAGAAACUCUUCUUUUGUUGUUAUGGAGGCCAUGCAGCGGCUGUGGCUACCCGGUAAAAGAAACAAACAAACAAAAAAAGCAGAUAUGAUGGAGAAGAAGUCGAUUUUUAACGGAGGGAUGGCAAAAGCCCUACUGGGUCACCGAUAUGCCUUUAUUUCACUGCGGCCCCGGGUCAAGCAUUUAUAGUGGGACAGCUGUAGCACAUGUUCGGUGUUGUCUUACACUCGGCUCUAAGGCAGAGAAAGUGCAGGGAUACACACGCGCGAGUGCGCGCGCAAAAAACAUGGCCGUCGACGAAGCCCGGCGUUCCCACGUGACGGGCCGGCGAAUGUUGCUGGGGUAUUUUUUUUUUUUUUUUUUGGUUCUUGUUAUUGUUUAUUUUCAGGAUAACUAAGCGUGUGGAAAUGUGAAAUGUUGUGCUCUGAUCAUCGCUUCUCCCGUUGUACAACAAGUGCUCUCGACUAACCUGAAUGUCACCAAUUGCCACAUUACAUAGUAUUGAGCAUUUUAAAGGA